CCAAAAAAAAAAAAAAAAAGCCUUCGUAAAUUAUUAAGAAACUUUUCUCCACAAACAAAAACGACUUUGGUUUUUAUUUAUUUAUUUAGUUUUGUUUUUACCAGUUUCUCUUCGAAAUUUCGCCAUGAAAAGCCAGCUCUCAUAAACCCAGGUUAGUUCUUUCACUUGGGUUUUUCACGUGGUGUUGGGUUUAUUGUCAAGCACUCCUCCAUUGAAGAUGGAUGUAGUUGAGAUUAAUCAUGAUGGGAAUUGCAGUGAAGAUGCAUCUGAUGAGCAAUCACUCUCUGCAGCAUCUCCAGAUACUUAUAAUGUCUUUGAAGAUCCAGAGGUUCAUCCUCGAGUUGGAGAUCAGUAUCAGGUUGAAAUUCCACCCUUAAUAACAGAAUCUGAUCCUCUCUUGCUGACAGACAACCCAACUGAUGUAAAAAGUUCAGUUGUGUCUCAUGAAUUCUUGACGGGAUUACCUGUGACAAUAAUGUGGGUCAGCAUGGAAGUUGAGAAAAUUAAACAUGAACCUGUCGAAUCUUCUGUUAAUUCUAUUAAUGUGUCCAAUAAAUAUGAGUCUGUGAAAUCUGAAUGCAUCAUAGAGACCCACAGAGAAAAUGGUGACUUGAAGACUAUACUUGAGGCUAUUGAUAUUAAGCCAGAUGGUGGGAUAAGUUUACAAGAAUUGGAGAAUUUAGAUUUGCAGCAGGAAAUGAAGAUUGAAAAGCAUCAGAAGUAUAGAAGCCAAGGCUACUUUGCAGUUCCAGGUACCCCAGUUGAUGCCUGGAACGAUUUAGAAGAAGCAAGUUUUCUCCUUGGUCUAUAUAUUUUUGGGAAGAAUCUUGUUCAGGUGAAGAAGUUCGUUGAAAGUAAAAAGACGGGGGAUAUACUUUCAUUCUAUUAUGGGAAAUUCUAUAGGUCAGACAAAUAUCACAGAUGGUCAGGGUGCCGGAAAAAGAGAAGAAGACGGUGUAUAUAUGGACAGAGGAUAUUCCGUGGAUGGAGGCAAACAGAGUUAUUAUCACGUUUGCUUCCCCAUGUGUCAGAAGAAUGCCAAAAUACUUUACUAAAGGUUUCCAAGGCAUUUGGAGAGGGAAAAAUGUUGCUAGAGGAAUAUGUAUUCACUUUAAAGGCUACAGUUGGGUUAAAUGCUCUUGUCAGUGCAGUUGGGAUUGGUAAAGGGAAGGAAGAUCUCACAGGCAUUACCUUGGAACCACUGAAAGCCAAUCAAGUUGCUGCUGCCAAUCCUGAAAUACCAAUUGGAAAAGCAUGCUCAGCUCUUACACCCUUGGAAAUUAUCAACUUUUUAACGGGAAACUACCGGUUAAGCAAAGCCCGAUCGAAUGAUUUGUUCUGGGAAGCUGUCUGGCCUCGUUUGCUUGCAAGGGGGUGGCACUCUGAGCAACCUUCUAGUCAAGGGUAUAUAGCUGGUUCCAAGCAUUCGUUAGUCUUUCUUAUCCCUGGGGUUAAGAAGUUUUCUAGGAGGAAACUGGUGAAAGGAGACCACUAUUUUGAUUCUGUCAGUGAUGUCUUGAGUAAGGUUGCUUCAGACCCAGGGCUUCUUGAACUCGAAAUAGGAGCAGAUAAGGGAGAUAGUAGCAAGGAAGAAAAUGGAACAGAAUCUGACGCAGAUGAUCUUCCUAAUCAGCAACGUCACUGUUAUCUCAAGCCACGUAUCCCCAAUCAUGGCGCAGAUGUCAUGAGAUUUACCAUUGUGGAUACAAGUUUGGACAAUGGAGGAAAAUUUAAGGUAAGAGAACUCAGAAGCUUGCCCAUUGAAAUGAACAUUUCCAACUCCCUAAGUGAUUCUGAAGAAAGUACUUCUGAGGAACUCACAGAUAUAUCUUGUUCGGCUGAUACUUCAUGUUCUGAUAAGGUUGAAACUAAUGGCUUGAAACCCACUGAGACUUUUUAUGAUAGGGAAUUGUCUCCUGGUGGCAAUGCUUCAAACAAUAAGUUUCCAGUUGAUGGUCAAGGUUCUAGUAAUGUACCCGCCAUCCCAGAGGACUCAAAAACAAAGGUCUGUAAUGGCAAGCAGCCAAGAAAGUCUAUGAAGAACCAAUCAAGCCAGAGAAUGAAACUUGACAAUAAGAAUCAUCUAGCCCCUGUUACUAAACGACAUCGGAGAUUAACUGCUUGUAAUCGCAAAGAGACAACCCAGAAUGCAAUGAAUGUCUUGGUAGGUUGUGGAUUAAAACAAAUGGAGGCCAGUUGCUGUGAAGGAAAUCCUGAUGGCAGUGCAGAAAUCCCUGGUGAAAUAGAUCCGUUUGAGCAACAAUUGUCAUCUGUCAGUUCUUCAUCCAAAGGUAGCUCAGCUAUUAGAGGUGAAGACAUUCUCAGAAGUACUUGUGCUGGUGCUGAACAAACUCAUGAGGAACAUCAACAUCGGACGUUUAUUGACCUGAACUUACCUGUUCUUCCGGAUGCUGAAACUGAUGAGCCUUUGAUGGGGGAAGUGACAGAAAGAGAACAUGAAGGCAUAACCUGGCAGCCCGACAACGCCAAUCAACUGGAAGCCAGGCCAAGCUCUGAGCUGCAACCUAACUUGAGUACUCGGAGACAGAGCACAAGAAAUCGGCCUCUAACCACUAAAGCACUUGAAGCUCUUGCAUUUGGAUUUUUAAGUACAACACAGAAGCGAAAACGUAGGGAUGGUUUUGCAAAGGAAAGCUCCUUAUCAAGACCUUCCCAUCGAGCUCAUCUUGGGGCCAAAGUUUCUGAAAAUAAUAGAGAUGUUAUGGUAGAUUUCAAAGCCGGGGGAAAAGGAAAUGACCAAUGUUAUAGCAAUGGUGUCAUGGAGCAAACUUCCGACCUGACACAAAUGGAAGUGGACUCAAACGAUGGUGUCUCAUAAUAAAUGAGCAACUUGCCGACUUGACAAAAACAAUGAACAUCAAAUGAAACAUUCUUCCAAUAAUGUCUGCAGGAAGGGAUGCCUUUUCUGGCUGCUAUAAAAUCUGUGAUUGAAGAAAAUGUCAUACUUCCAACUGCUGUAAUUCAUAAGGCUGCAGAUCCAAAGUGGACGUACAAUUUUCACAUUGGACAAAGACAUUAAACAAAGCCAUAUCUGUAAGUUCUGAGAAUCAGGAAGAGAUCAGAAACGACCUUUCUGCUCAGAUUUUGAUCAACUCUACUCAUAAUAUUUCAUUCAAGACUGGUGUAUUAUACUUUUUAACUUUUUCAUUUGUUUCUGUUUGAAUUAGUUCAUGGUGAAUUACUGUUCUAAUUUUUAGUAAGGAUCAUGUUUA